AUGAACUUUUCUACAUGCGCUUCUACAGAAGAAGAGUCUCUAAACAAAAAAAUUACAUCGUGCGUCACUUCACUACAUCGUCAACUUUCAAAUUUUCCUAAAUUAAAGAAUAUUGAAUGUCAUCUGUGUACUGAGUCGAUUUCCCUGAAUAACGUUCAUGAUUUAGUAAGAAUUUAUUCUUGCAUGCUAUAUUGUAUGAAGUUACACUGUAAAGUUCUUCAUAAAUUAAGUGUCUACGAUAUUUUUUCAAUAGAAACAUUUUUACUAAAUUUUAUUUUAUCUGAUGAUAUAACAGAAAUAGAAUAUUUAAUAAAAUAUAAUAAUAAUUCUAAUGAAAUAAGGUAUAAAAAAGCUCUUAAAGAUCAGCUUGUUGCAAUUUUUAGAACUUUUUUUCAAGAAAAAAUUUUUAACAUUAAUUGUGAACAAGAAAUCGAAAGUAUGCUGUAUUUUUAUUACAAAAAAAUACGAGAUGACAAAAAAGAUGAUUAUCUAACUAAUUUUACAUUAGUAAUAUUAUUUUUAAGAAAAGAGUAUAUUAGAUUUAAUAUAAUUUUUAAAAAAUUCAAUAAAAAUAGAUUUACGAUUAAACUUGCGAUAUUAUUUGAAAUGACUGAAGACAAUACAAAGGAGGCAUUAGAAAAAUACAGAUUAUUUGAUAAAGCCUGUAGUGUUCAGUCUUUAUUUUUAUCUAAUUUACGAAAAUUUUUAUCUUCAACAGGCUUAAAAAGUAAUUAUUAUUUAGAAUCAAUAAAAAAACUUUGUGAAACCGACGGCGAUAUUGACCAAUGGUUUAAUAUCAUUAAAAAUGAAGUUAAUUGGCAUAAUUGUGUUGUAUUAUGGGCUAAUAAUCGAUGUAAUAAUUCUUCUUACGUAGAUAAUUCAAUGAUUGAUAUUUGUAUUAAAUACGGUAAAUACGAAGAUGGUUGGAAAAUUUAUAAUAAUUACAAUUUGAUCGAAACAUCAAGAUUUUUAAGAGGUGUGACAUUGUGUUGUAUAGCUAUGAAAAAUGUUAAACACUGUAAAUGGAAAAAAAGACUAGUUGAAGUAAUAGAUUUAAUUUUUAAAAAUUUAGAUCUUUUAAAUUUAGAAAAUUUAUUAGAGAACAUUCUAAUUAACAUUGAAAAUUUGCCAAUUUCCCAAAUAAUUGCUAUUGUAAACGAAUUACAAAAACAUUUAAUUAGGCUAUCACUAAAAGAAUCAAUUAUAGAGUGUUUAUUUAAUUUCUAUAACAUUUAUUGCUUUGAAUACCAAAAUCAAGAACUGAAUAAAAUUUGUUGCACGAACGCUAUAUACAUUUAUAAUAAGUGGAACAAGUCUAAAACAAAAAAUUUCAAUUUAUUUAGAAAGAAAACAGAAUUUGAUACUAAAAUAUAUUCGCAUAUGUUAGGUUUAUGUGAUAUAGCAAAAAAUUGCGAAUUUUUCAGCAAAGUGUGUAAAGAUCUACUUAAAAAUGAUGCACAUAUAAGCAGAGAUCUGUGCAGAAGACUUGAAAAUUUUCAUUCAAAAAACUGUCAGGAUUGUGAAUAUAAAAAAAAACAAGUUGUUACAGUCAAAGAAAGUCACAGUUUUAUUUCUCAUUUAUUUAAAUAA